AUGCUUACAGUGUCCUUCAGUAAUCUGACGCCCGGAGGAUACUUCGAGCUUUUGGAGGUUGGUGGCCAGCUUCAGUCAGACGAUAACACGCUGAGACCUGACUCCGCCGUUGUAAAAAGCGGUAAGCUUUUGAUAGAGGCAUGUGCAAUUCUGGGCCGGCCGUUUCAGAGCAUUCCGUCUUUGAUCGACGUCAUGAAGGAAGUGGGCUUUGUCGAUAUCGUUAUGACCAAGUACAAGUGGCCUAUGAAUUCGUGGCCCAAAGACCCGAAGCAUAAACUCAUCGGCACUUGGUCACUCCACAACAAUCUUGAAGGAAUUGAAGGUUGGACCAUGGCUGCCUAUACCAGAGCGCUGAACUGGAAGAAAGAGGAAGUGCAGGCCUUCCUGGUCGAUGUCCGGAACGGACUGAAAGACAAGAGCAUGCAUGCAUACAUGCCGAUUUACGCUAUCUACGGGAGGAAGCCAGAGUGA